AUGGUCGUACAUAACCCUAACAACUGGCAUUGGAUUGAUAAAAACUGUUUGCCAUGGAGUAAAGAGUAUUUCCAAGUUAAUAUAAUAGAUACUACUUAUGAAGAUGAACAAUAUAAAUUUCAAAUUACCUCUAUUGAUUCUGUUAGUGGUGAUUGUGAUGUUACUCAAAGAAAGGGUAAAGUAUUAUGUAUUUAUGAUAUGAAACUAAAAUUCCUGUUAUCUGGAAAUAUUAAAAAAGAUGGGGAAUCAGAAUCUGAAAAAAUCACUGCUACUAUUGUUAUACCAGAAUUUGUUCAUGAUCAAGAUGAAGAUGAAUAUGUUUUUGAAAUUGAUUCUAAUGAUAACAAAGCAGAAAUUAGAAAAUUCUUUAUCCCAGUUUUAAGAACCAAGUUGAUGAAAUUCCAACCUGAUUUACUUGAGGCUCAUGCAAAAGAUGUACAACAUGCAACUGAUUAA